AUGUAUGUAUAUAUACACUAUUCAUUCAUUUCACUCUGCGCGCUCGUCCCGAGGCUUCGUGAGCAGCUUCAGCCGCGCCUGCGGGAGGAGUGCGGCUCUUCGGCGCGGCGUCCAGUGCGUGGAGCCGGGCGCCGUGUCCACCAACAUGACUUCCUUCGACAAGGACAUUCACACCCCAGGGUUCUUCACCCGACCGCCGACGCCUUCGCCGGCAGCGCCGUGGCGCACAGGCUGCAGCUGGCGGUGUGGAGGACGCUGCCCGAGCGGUACAUUGUCAGCAGCUACAAGGCGAGGAUGGAUAACAAGCUUAAAAAGUCCAAAUAAAAUCAAUGAAAUUAU